AAGCAAUUUAACACAAGAAAAAUAAAAUCUAAACAUCUGAAAAGAAGCAUGAAAUAUCUAUUAGCUUUUCUAAUUGUUUAUGGCCAAUGCAUCAUUGGUAAUGUAUCCGGCGGCCAAACAAACCAUCUCCAGGUCUGGAACGAUCUGGACGUAACCGUCUAUGUGCAUUGUAAAUCCGGAAGUUCCGACAUAAAAGGAGCGUAUAAGCGGCCUGGACAACUAUAUCCUUUUCCUGUAAGAGAUAAUUUUUGGAAGACGACACUUUUUUGGUGUACUGUAAGACAAGGGCCUGAUUGGAAGAGAGGACGUAAAUUUGACGUGUAUGAAUAUGAAAAGGGUGUGCCUCAGGGAGGGACCUAUAUAUGGAGAGCAAAAAAAGAUGGUAUUUAUUUUGAGUUAAAAAAUAGAAAGCCGCUCCAUAAAGUGUGGGAUUGGCAGAUACUACCGCUUUGACAAAAAAAAAAAAGGAUGAUACUACCGUAAAAAUUACUAUUAUACUGGUAUUAAUCUUCUGAUCCCUAAUAUUAUUAUUGUCGUUUAAGCAUAAUUACAUUUUAUUUUUAUUUCUUCAAUUUUUGUACAUAUACUUCCACUCUAUGGAAAAGAUAUACUGUAUCGUGAAUUUAUUAUAACUAUGUAAUAUUUGUUCUUUUUCAAAAAUAAAUUAUUUUGAUAUUCUACUUA